AUGAAUCAACAGAGUGACGAUUCUAUUGUACUUUCUUCCCUACGACGAAGUGAACGGAAGUUCGUGGAAUUCUCGUGCAGAAAUGGGUCAGUUCUUUUUAUCAUUCCUUUGAUCGUCGUCACUUAUUUCUACAUUCAAGAAAGUAAAGUAAUCUUUUAUAGUGCUGAUCUGAAGAAAAUCUCGUUGACGAUUACGUUAGAAAAAAAAAUUUCCCAAGUAGCUGAAGACGAUUUCUCAGGUUUAAACAAUCAGAAGUCAAGAAAUGGGAAGUAUCGAUGUGGCAGUUGCGAGAAAGAAUUCGUUUCGGAAAAGGGGUUAAAAUGUCAUCGAAGAAUUCAUACUGGAGAAGGGCUCUUGUCUUGCAAAUACUGCAAUCGUCAGUUCACCCAAACGUGUCAUCUAGUUGACCACGUCAAGACUCACACCAGAGACAAACUCUUUGUUUGUGAUCAUUGCAAACAACGCUUUACACAAAAAUCAAAUCUGAUUGCACAUCUCCGAACUCACACAGGGGAGAAGCCAUUCUCGUGUAAUCAUUGCUCACAAAAAUUUCGUUUUAAAUCUUCUUUAAAGUAUCAUAUUAAUAAAUAUCAUAAUAGUAAUGAAUAAUGACUUUUACGGAAAUGAUUUUAGUACAUUUCUUCGAAAAAUAUGUAAUACUCGUAUUUUAUUGAACAUGAAACAAGAACUUUCUAAAGUUCUAUUUGUUUUGUAACUUUUAUUUUGUGCAUAAAACAAUUGAUUUUAUCUACCGAGAAAACGAUAGUUUUUAGAAUA